GCUGGGACUCGAUUGCAGUGAGGUGGCGGGUGGCGAGCGGUGCGGUGUCCCCGGCAGGAGGCUGAACUGGAUGCGGGGGGGGGGGGCAGGGCUGGGCCUGAGCUAAGUGGAGAGUAGCCGGAAGCUCCUGGCCUCUGAAGGUCGAGGUUAAGGAUGGUGGUCAUUUUCGAGGUGCAAGGUCCAGUGCACUGAUUGACCUCGUGAGCGACUGAUGAGCAGCGCAGACAGGACAUAGCUCAUUGCCGCCGCAGAGGCCUCUGACGACUCAGACCUGAGUGCCCCAAGUGGGGCUCUGGAGGUCUGCCUGGACAGGGCUGCAGUACCCCUCAACAAGGACCCCGACCUUUUCUCCAGCCCAGCCCCUGCCUGAGUUGAGUCCAAGGCCAGUCUGAUAACCUCCUACUUCUCUCCCCUCCAACCAUGGCACCUCAGCUCACCCUGCUCCUGGUGGCCCUGGCAGGCCUGCCUCUAGCUGAGGCGCUGUACUGCCACGUGUGUACCUACAAUGGAGAAAACUGCUUCAACUACUUUCGCUGCCCAGCCAUGGCCUCUUACUGCAUGGUCACACGCACUUACUUCACCCCCUACAGGAUGAAAGUGAGCAAGUCCUGCGUGCCCCAGUGCUUUGAGACAGUGUAUGACGGCUACUCCAAGCACGCGUCCACCACAACCUGCUGCCAGUACGACCUCUGCAACACCGCUAGCCUGGCCACCCCAGGGACCCUGGGCCUGGGCCUCCUCUGUCUGGCCACACUCUGGGGUCUGCUCUGAUGCCCUACAGACUCCCCAAGGACAAAGCUCUAAGAGGCGUUACUCCCACCUCCACCCCACCCCUCAUGGCCCUCUGCUUUCCUAGCCCAGAACCAUUCACAAGAAGAUGCUUGAUUUCCCCCAGCCAACAUGGGACCUCACUAUGACCUUGGCUUCUCCUUGUCAGAAGGCACUGUGGGAGGGGGCAUUGGAAGAGCUGGCUGCUCUCCUAUCCCACCAUAAGGACUCUGACUUAGUGCACCAGGUAUGGGAAAUUCUUCUUAACCAAACGAGCUAGACCUGGCAGGUCCUGUGGCCCAGGAAGCAAGGCCUCCUGCCUCAGUGUGCUGGAAGGGAAAGGAAAGAGUGGGAAUCCACAGAGAAGGAGGGAAAGUCCUAGAAAGAAAACUUCUCUGUCUCUGGUUUCUGCUGGUCAAUGCCAGGGCCAGGGAAGGCUUGGUCCUUGCCAGCUGUCCCCAUGGCUGGAAGGGCAUAGAGGCCUGGAGAAGCCCCUUCAACCACAGAAGCCAGUCAGUGCUGUGAAGGGCCUGUGGGUCUGCUCCUUCCACUGCAUUCGUGUUCUUCAUCCUGUCCGGGAGCCCGCCGGCAGGGAGGUGAAAUCAGGUGGGCGAGUUUCUAUAUUUGGAGGGACCUGAGCUGACCCCAGAUCUAUUUUAAACCAGUUAAGCCAAGAGAAAAGGGAGCAGAGGUGUGGGUCACCGGAGGCUGCUGUAGAGAGUAGGCAUAGCAGGCCCGGUGACCUUGAAGGGGAUACUCCACACACACAUACACCCCCCUACACACCCAAGUUAGUGACAGGGGGCAUCUAUUCUCCAGCUGGAACAGCACUCCCUCUUGUGGCCAUUUGGGUCAAUGCUGGGGAGAGAAAGGGAGGUGAGAGAGAUGAGGUUGCAGAGGAGGUAAGGAAAAGGGAGAGUGAGGGGGCAAAGAGGAAGGGGAGGAAGGAAAGAGGUGAGGGGGAGUUCUAGGAAAGAAAGGAGAUGAGGGAGAGAGAAGCAGCCGGAGGUCACUGUGCAUACCUGCCAGUGACGGAAGCACAGUGAGCAGUCUUGGCCCUUUGAGGGUCUCCACACACCACCUUAACCCUGACUCUGCCCUGGGGGAGGGAGGGAAAUCCUUUAUUCAGAGAGUGGCCUGAAGAUGUUCCAUCCCUGAGGAAUGUUGAGACCCCAGAAAAUAAGUGUCAUUUACAAGGGGAACAUCCUGGGUGACCCCCAUCCCUGGUAGGUAGGGUACCCUCAGCCUACCAUCUUGGGAACAGGUGUCUGGGGAGCCCCUUCAGUGAAGUCACACAGGUGGCAAUAUGGCACCAUGUCAUUCAACACCUUGGCCUCCUCCCCUGGCCAUUGUCCCCAGCUCCCAUGUCCAUCCAGCAGCCCUCCAAGCUGGCUCAGCUCACAUGGACAGUAUGGUGGCCAGUGUCCCCAUGAUGGAAUUGUUCCUGAGCCCUGGAAGCCAUGGUCUCUAAGUUCAGACCUGGUGUGGGGAACUGUGCUGGAAACCCCGUUCUGAGAGCUUCAGCCCAGAGGAGCAGGACCUUCAGGAAAACCUGGAGUUGGCUUCCUUGAGGAGUCUGGAGCACAUCCCCCCUGAGGUCCACUCCCCCCUCCCCCUACUGUGUCCCCCACACACAAACAUACAGACAGACCAGAGCAUGCAAGGGAGUUCAACCCCCGCAGGGGGCGCUGGAAGCCCAGACUGCAGAGCAAGUGUGGGAGCUACUCCCUGAGGCCUGGUCAUGUGUGAGCCCCUCCUUGGGAACCCCUCCCUUGAGUCCCUAUCAGUGAUCAGAGUCCCCUGCAGAACUGGCUGGCAGCUGGGAGAGAGGGAGGACAGGACCAGACACAACCAGGUAGUUUGGGAAACAAGUUUGCCCUGCCUGCUGGUGCAAACCCUUCUCCCUGAGUCAGGGGUCAAGGUCAGAGCUGGAGGGAGCCCAGGUUGGCCCUCCCUGCUGUCCCUGAGUGAUGGAGUGUAGUCUACCUGGCAGCACCUGAAUCUGGAGUCACAGGAUCCAGUGGAAACUAGCUGUGUGAUGGGUGGGGGGAGGUGGAAGGGGUUCUCACACCUGCCUCCUGAUUCCACCUGUCCAUCUCUUCUCCACUCUGACCUUCCUCCCAGACCCAGGGUUCUGCCUGGCCACCAACCUUGGUGCAUAGUACAGAUUAUACAUUCAAAAGGCAUCCAAGUAAUGCUUCUCCUAGGAGGGUGUGUCCAACUGUGGAGGGGGUGGUAACUCAUCUGUCAGGGUGCCCUACAUCAUAGCUAUUAGCUCCUCAAAUCAGUCCAGCAAAGUAGGGACCAUUCUCAUCCCCUUUUUGCAGAUAGGGAAACUGAGGCACAGAAAAGUGAAGUGGCAGACCUGGUCCAUCCACCACAUACUCCUGCCCCCAUCCCCACUUCCAUGGCAGUGUCAGGGCUCUCAGACUUUGAGUCCCUGCACCAGGGAGAGGAAAGCAAGGGGGGUAGGUUGACGCACUUUAGAAAAACUUAACAUGUUUGAUGUUUAGAAAAGCUUAAGGUCAGGAAAGCAUAGCAGGAGAAAAAUUGGAACCAGAGGUUUGAGAAGCCAUGAGGAUCAUUUGGGAGUGGGGCAUCCAAAAUUAUCUGUGUCUGGGGACCAUGGGGGUAUAGGGUAGAAAAAUGAAGUGGGCAGAGGGGCAUCAGUCUGCUCCAGGCUUGCUGGACCUGUAUCCUUCCUACCCAGCAGGAUGGAUUAGGCUGCAGAAACAGACGCGCGCGCACACACACACACACACACACACACACACACACACACACACACACACACACACCAUUGCCUCCUGCCAUGUGGGUGGACGCUCAGGUUCUUGGUCACAGUUCUAGGCAACAUCUCAAACCUGGAAGCAGCCUAAGCCUCUCAGGCUGUGCACCCACCCUCCCGUGGCUAGCACUUGCCCGGCAGAAUGUGACUGAGAGGACUGUGCCGGGCUGCUCAUGAGCCUUGCUGUCCCCAGGUGAGAGAGGAAGAAAGUACCCACCCAGCCCAGGCCUUUGAGAGUAGUGGGGUCCUGGGUGCACGUGCCCAUCUGGAGCCUGGCAAGGAGGUCUGAGAGGUAUGCAUGAACGCUCGCUCCCUCCCACUGUCCCUUCUCCUGAAGUCCAGAUAGUUUCUGCCUGUGACCCUGACCCUACCAGCCUGGGACUCUACCUUCAGGCCGCCCUUCCCACUCAUGCAGAGUGCCCAGAGCUGCUGUUAGAUCCUCAUGGAGCUCAGAAAUAAAGGGAUGAGCCAA